GAAAAUUCAGAGAUUGAAUUAGGGUUUCGGUGAAAUUGGGGGAGAAUGGCGGAUACAAUUCCAAGUUCUGGAGAUGAGCAGCGGGAGCGUAAACGGAAACUGGAAACUCCAAGUUGCUCAGCCUCCUCAGCUUCACCUAAAAGUCUCCCGUUUCCAGCGGACGAUGGCGACGAUCUAUUGAGUGAAGAAGAUGAAUUGGCCUCUGACGAAGAGGAGGAAUAUCAACGCCAAGUUGAUGACUCCGAUGGUUUCGAUGUUGAUUACUUACCUCAUCCUUUAGGUGGGUUAGUUCCCAACGAGAUGAAAGAUGACUAUUCCCCUUUCUAUACCUUCCUCUAUAGUAAACUGGGCAUUCACUGCUACAAUCUUCAGAAGGAAACCAACUUCAAGCUCAUACGCAUACAUAAGUACAACACUAACAAGGGUGGUUACCCUUUCGCCUUCUACAUUACGUUGGAUGCAGCAGACACACGCAACAACACUCCUUGCACUUUUCAAACGUGCGUAGUUGAGUAUCCAACUCCUGAAUGGGGAUACUUCAGUGUAUGGACGGAGCUUUCCAGACUAAAAGUUCCCAAUGGACCUCGGGCUACUUCUGACGUUUGCAAUGAAAGGCGAUGGAGAGAUGAAGCCGUAGAUGAUUUCUAUAAAGGCAAGAUGCCCAACUGGUUGACAAAAGAUGAACUCGCUGCAGCCACUGAUAAGGGGCAAUACUAUGAGCUACAAGAAUCAGACUUGCUAGGAAACGAGUGGCUUCAACUCUAUGCUGAGUUUGCCUUUCACGUGAGGUGGAGAGGGCAUGGGGGCCUGCCGUCUUUUCUACCACUGAAGAUGAAGAAAGUAAUUGUACAGACUUUGGAAAGCGGAGAAGAUCCCCCGCACCUAAAGCUGAAGUCCAACAACGCCAUCUUCUACAUGAGUUUCAGAGCUGGCAAUGGCGACCCCACUGGUAUGCCUGUCGUGUACCAUGCUAUGAUUCGAGAAACCAUGGAUGGUAAACCGGGACACAUUGUUCUUGAAGUUCAGUGUUGGGCAUGCAAAGCCAGCUCUGAAUAGAGAUGAUAUCAUCGAGAUACUGUGUUUUAUCUCAAGUUACUGCAAC